AUGGCCGCUACAGGAAACGGCAUCAAGACAACCAUGGCCACCCCCGCUAGAAAGUUCUCGAUACGCACCGCGACACUCGCCGACGUGCCUCGCCUUGCAUCCAUCAGCGCCCCCGCACUUAUGGACGAUGGCUUCUACGAUGUACUCUACCCGCGCCGCCGCGAGUUCUACGACGAUUACCUCCACACAUGGAGGCUCAAGCUGCAGAAGGGGAUCCUCUCUGAUGCCGUCUAUCUUGUUGCUGAGACCGACGUAGCCGACGAAUCCACAGGGCGAUCCAGGAAGGAAAUCGUAGGCUGGAUCGCAUGGCAGCGCAUGGGGACAUCUGCGGAAGCCGAGAGGAUCCGGGCUGAGGGGCAAGGAGUACUGAAACGACUGGAGCAUAAACUAUUGACACUCACGAACACCUACGUCUCCCCGCUCAUCCGUUUUGUCCUGCGCACACCCCCGGACCGCUCCGCCGACGCCGCUGCGCUAGCGAAGAUGGAGGCUCGUCAUCCAACGUUUCUGGCGGAGACGUUUUCAGGGAUAUACGCCGAGCACUGGCACGUUCUCAUGCUCGUCGUUGACCCGAAGUGGCAGCGGAGGGGGAUCGGGCAGAUGCUGGUACGAUGGGGACUCGAUAGGGCGCAGAAAGAGGGUGUGUGUGUAGGGCUGGAGGCGAGCGAUCCGGGGGCUCCGAUGUACUUGAAGUUGGGGUUUGAGGAGAUUGGGAGGUUCCAUACACCAAGGGAGGGGCUGCACUUUCCAGCUUUGGUGUGGAGGCCGAGGGGGAUGGAGGGGAAGGAUACGGUAGUGGGUUAG